CUGCCGCGCUACCGGGACGCAGAGGUGGUGCGCACCCGGGACCCCCAGCGCCUGGCCCAGUGCGACGUGGUGGUGGACGUAGGGGGUGAGUACGACCCCGAGCGACACCGCUACGACCAUCACCAGAGGUCCUUCACACAGUCCAUGCGGAGCCUCCGGCCUGACAAGCCGUGGACCACAAAGCUGAGCAGCGCUGGGUUGGUCUACUGCCACUUCGGCUCCCAAAUCCUCGCAGCGCUCCUGGGGCAGCCGGAGGAUGGCCCUGUCGUGACAGCGCUCUACGAUAAGCUGUAUGAGAACUUUGUGGAGGAGAUCGAUGCCAUCGACAACGGCAUCGCGCAGGCAGAGGGGGAGCCCCGCUACGCCCUCACCACCACCCUCAGUGCCCGUGUGGGCCACCUGAACCCGCGCUGGAACGACCCCGACCAGGACACCGAGGUGGGGUUCAAGAGGGCGAUGGAGCUGGUUGGGAGCGAGUUUAUGGACCGGCUUGACUACUACCACCGCGCCUGGCUGCCCGCGCGGGCACUGGUGGAGGAGGCCAUCCGGCGACGCUUUGAGGUGGACGCGAGUGGGGCUGUGCUGGAGCUCCCGCAGGGCGGCUGCCCCUGGAAGGGGCACGUC